AUGAAUCGCUGGUCUGGGCUUCUCAGGUGGCACCGUGGACAGAUGAAGGAGGGCAUGAAGAAAGAGGAGGAGAAAGAUGGAAAGAGGGCAGCUGAAGUCAAACACCGACUGAAGUUAGUCUGGAAGGAUGUGGUAGUAGACCCUUCCAGUGAUGCCUAUUUCACCUGGAUCCAGGUCAUGAUCAUCCCUGUGUUGUACAACUGGGUUAUCAUCAUUUGCAGGACAUGCUUCGUGGCAGUACAGAAUGACCACCUGGCUGUGUGGCUUACCCUGGAUUACCUAUCUGACCUUUUCUACAUAGCUGAUGUCAUUUUCAAGUUUCACACUGGGUUCCUGGAACAGGGCAUUCUGGUCACUGAUCACAGGCGGCUCAGAAAGAGGUACCUCACCUCCUCACAAUUCUUCUACGAUGUGCUGUCCCUCCUCCCAACAGACCUACUGUACCUGCGCCUGGGCCUCAACUACCCGAUGGUGCGCGUGAACCGCUUCCUGCGAUCGUCCCGAAUCUCAGAGGCAUUUGACCGCAUGGAGACACGUACUUCCUACCCCAACACUUUCCGUAUCGCCAAGCUGAUGCUCUACAUCUUUGUGUUGAUGCACUGGAAUGCCUGCCUCUACUUUGCACUGUCUUCUUACAUUGGGUUUGGGGCAGACCGUUGGGUGUACCCCAAUACAUCUAUCCCUGGGUAUGAGUCUGUACGACGGCAGUACUUCUACAGCUUCUGGUUCACAGCACUGAUCUUCACCACCGUGGGCGACAACCCCAUGCCUGAGAGGGAGGAGGAGUACCUCUUCGCCACCAUGGAUUUACUCAUUGCUGUACUGGUCUUUGCCUCCAUCGUGGGAAAUGUGGGGACAGUGAUCAUCAACCUUCAGAGCCGGGACAAUGUCUUCUUCCCAAACCAUGAGCUGGUUAACAGCUACCUCCGCUCACAACGUGUCAGCAAGGAUCUCAAGCAACGGGUGAACAACUGGUACCAGCACCUCCACAUCAACAAGAAGAUAACGCGUGAGAAUGAGAUUAUGCGGCACCUGCCUGACAGGCUCCGGACCGAGAUUGCUGUCAGCGUGCACCUGGGCACCCUGAGCAAGGUGACCAUCUUCCAGAACUGUGAGAAGAGCCUACUGGAGGAGCUGGUGCUGAAGCUGCAGCCCCAGGUCUACAGCCCAGGGGAGUACGUCUGCAAGAAAGGUGACGUGGGUCAUGAGAUGUACAUCAUCAAGGAGGGGAAGCUGGCUGUGGUGGCAGAUGAUGGAGUCACGCAGUUCGCAGUGCUUGGGGAAGGGAACUUCUUUGGAGAGAUUAGCAUCCUCAACAUCAAAGGCAACAAGUCUGGAAACAGGAGGACAGCUAACAUCAGGAGCAUUGGGCACUCAGACCUGUUCUCACUGUCCAAAGAAGAUCUGACAGGGGUUUUAACUGACUUCCCUGAUGCCAAGCGGUUGCUGGAGGAGAAAGGCCGGCAGAUCCUGAUGAAAAUGGGAAUGCUGGAGGAAAAUAGUGCAGCCAAUGCGGAGAGCAAGGAAAAGGUGAUGAAGAAAAGGGUGGACCGCAUUGAGGACAACCUGGAUGAUAUGCAGACCAAGCUGGCCAGGCUGAUGGCGGAGCUGGAGUCCAACGCACACAAGUUAAAGGCCCGUAUCGACCAGCUGGAGAAGGAGACCGAGCUGUGGGAGCCAGGAGAGGGGGAGGGGGAUAUGGAGGAAGACAGGGGAGACAAUGACAACAAUGAGGAGGAGCAGGAAGAGAUGAAGAGGGAAGGGAGUGCAAAACAGGUGGCAGGAGGGAAUUCACAACUCAGUGAAAAUGAGCAGGAAGAAGAAAAAGACAGCAAGGGGGAAGAAGGAAGUAAAAAUGAUGUCAGUGUAGAGAGAGGAGGGGGUGAAGGGGGACCAGGAGGGGAAGAGUCUGGCAAGUCAGCAGAAAAGGAGAAAAGCAGUGAACCUGAGCAAGGAGGUAGAGCAGGGAAUAUGGAGAUGGUUGGGAAAGCGAGACAAGAAGGUGGUGAGGAAGGAGAGAGGUGA